CCCAGCCCCGCCCCGGACUGCUGGGCGCCGGCCCUCGACUGCGAGUGGCUUCUUCCGAGGCGGCGCUGAGGCGGCGGCCGUGGUCGCGGUCGCAGUCCCCGCCCCGCCGGCUGUGGCCCGCUGUGGUCCCGGCUCAGCGCAGCGGCCGCCCAGCCCCUCGGGUCGGCGGGCGCUGGUACGGCGGGGCGCGCGGGCGCGGGCAUGACGGAGGAUGGAAUCGCAGGACGAGGUGUCGGCGCGGGAGCAGCACUUCCACAGCCAAGUGCGGGAGUUCACGAUAUGCUUCCUCCUCUUUGCCGCCCUCUACGCCGUCUCCUACGUGGUCAUCACGAGGUACAGGAGGAAGUCAGAUGAACACGAGGAUGAAGAGGCCAUCGUCAACAGGAUUUCGCUGUUCCUGAGCACGUUCACGCUGGCCGUCUCCGCCGGGGCCGUGCUGCUGCUGCCCUUCUCCAUCGUCAGCAACGAGGUGCUUCUCUCCUUCCCGCACAGCUACUACAUCCAGUGGCUCAACGGCUCCCUGAUCCACGGUCUGUGGAACCUGUCUUCGCUCUUCUCCAACCUCUGUCUGUUUGUCUUGAUGCCCUUUGCCUUCUUCUUCCUGGAGUCGGAAGGUUUCGCCGGCCUGAAAAAGGGCAUCCGGGCCCGCAUCCUGGAGACGCUGGUCAUGCUGGUGCUGCUCGCGCUGCUGAUCCUCGGCAUGGUGUGGGUCGCCUCGGCGCUGGUGGACCGCGACGCGGCCAGCAUGGAGUCUCUGUACGAUCUCUGGGAGUUCUACCUGCCGUACUUGUAUUCCUGCAUAUCGCUGAUGGGGUGUUUGCUACUUCUCUUGUGCACCCCCGUGGGCCUGUCCCGCAUGUUCACCGUGAUGGGCCAGCUGCUCGUGAAGCCGGCGAUCCUCGAAGACCUGGACGAGCAGAUUUACAUCAUCACCCUCGAGGAAGAAGCACUCCAGAGGCGACUGAAUGGCCGGUCGUCGUCAGCGGAGCACGGCGCGGAGCCGCCGGAGCAGGAGCAGGAGCUGGAGAACGUGAGGGCUCUGAAGACAAAACUGGAGCGGCGGAAGAAGGCGUCGGCGUGGGAGAGAAACUUGGUGUACCCCGCCGUCAUGGUCCUGCUCCUCAUUGUGACUUCCGUUUCGGUGCUCCUGGUGGCCUGCAACAUUCUUCGCCUGCUGGUUGAUGAGACAGCCAUGCCAAAGGGCACGAGGGGGCCUGGGAUAGGAAGUGCCUCUCUCUCUGCUUUUGGUUUUGUGGGAGCCGCACUUGAAAUCAUUUUGAUUUUCUAUCUCAUGGUGUCCUCUGUCGUCGGCUUCUAUAGCCUCCGGUUUUUUGGAGACUUUCUUCCCAAAAAGGAUGACACGACCAUGACAAAGAUCAUCGGGAACUGCGUGUCCCUCCUGGUCCUGAGCUCCGCGCUGCCCGUGAUGUCCAGAACGCUGGGGAUCACCAGGUUCGACCUGCUGGGAGACUUCGGCAGGUUCAACUGGCUGGGGAACUUCUACAUCGUGCUGUCCUACAACCUGCUUUUCGCCGUCGUGACGACGCUGUGUCUGGUGAGGAAGUUCACCUCGGCCGUGCGGGAGGAGCUCCUCAAGGCCCUAGGGCUCCGCAAGCUGCGCCUGCCCACGGCCUGCAGGGAGGCAGGGACGGCCAGGCUGCCCGCAAACGGGCACCAGAAAGCCCUGUGAGGCCCGCUCCUCGGCCCAGAGCCCCGGCCCGGCCUGUCGGCACGCCCGAGACACACGCCUCGCAGGGGCCGCGGCCACUGUCUCGUCACCCACGGGAGCCCCACCGUCUCGGGUCCCCUUCCUCCCCGUGGAGCUCCCUGCGGGGUC